UUUUUUCGUCUUUUUAAAUAAAGUUGUCUGUUAUGUGUUCGUUUAUAUAUUUCAUAAUAAUAAUUAAGGAGAUCUUCGAAACGUCUAUUACACGAUUUUGAACAUUCACGUGAAAUUUUUAAUUGUGGAAUUUUGUGUACCUACGUUUUACGUUGUACAUGACCAACUUAAAAAAAGUAACAAAUUGUAUGGGUAUGAUCUCCUUUUCCUCUGGUAGGCGGUCGUGACGGUUGACGUGAUUGACUUGACCACAAUCGGCGUGCGAUACAGUUGACAUAAAUGGGCUACACGACGUUAUUGUUUCUCGUUUUGUUCUUGUGUACCGGUUCGAUCGAAACUUCGAAUAUUUUAGUAUUUACACCAUCGCCAUGGAAGAGUCAUAUCGUGUCGUUCCAUCCGUUGUUCUUGGAGUUGGCAAACCGUGGUCACAACGUAACUGUUGUUACAAAAUACCCGAUGAAAAAUCCGCCACCAAACUACAAUCAAGUUGUUGUGACGUAUGAAUUUGAUUUCAGUAAAACUUCGAAUAUUCUAAUGCGUGAACUCCCCGUGACUUACAUGUUUCUUAACGAACCAUACAUGCGUUCGACAAUUGCUGUUGAAAACACACGAAUGUACUUAUCAGCGUCGGCCGUUCAAAAAUUCAUUAAAGAAGACCAGUCCAAGUUCGAUUUGAUCAUAGUGGAAUCGUUUUUCCAAGAGGCUACGGUAGCUAUGGGCCAUAAGUACGGCGCCCCAGUGGUAAGCAUCGUUCCCGUGUCACCUUGGGUACCAACUUCCCGAUGGGCUGCCAACCCCUCCGACUUAUCCUACAUCAAAGACUUUACACUGGACGCCGGCAAAGAGAUGGACUUUUGGGCUCGUCUCGCCAACACGGCCAUAGGCUUGUAUGGUUUCCUGAUCGAACCUAUCACGUACUUGCCUCAAAUGGAAAAAAUAAUGAACGAUUGCUUUCAAUACCCCGGAUACGAGCACCGACCAUCGAUGGCAGAUAUGUUGAAGAACAUAUCGCUGCACCUGAUCGAUUCCGACGUGAUGAUCUUGAGUCCACGUCCUUAUGUGCCCAGUUUUGUCGAAGUGCCAGGCAUUCAUCUCCGAUCCUAUGAAAAAAUGGACAAAAGACUUCAAGACUUUAUGGAUGAUGCGACGGCAGGCGUUGUGUAUUUCAAUUUCGGCACCAUUCUAGACGUGUCUUGCAUACCUAAAGACUCCUUAGCGACCAUUGUGAACGUCUUGGGCCGUUUGGAACAGAAGAUUGUUUUCAAAUGGAUCAGUAAUGACAGCCGACAAUUCCCGGAUAACUUCUACGUCGACUCCUGGUUACCGCAGAGGGAUAUCCUGAAACAUCCAAAUUGCAAGGUUUUUAUUACUCACGGUGGAGUGCACGGGAUAAUGGAAUCCAUAGACGCCGGAGUGCCGUUAAUUGGAUUUCCCAUUUUCGGUGAUCAAUUUACAAACUUAAAGGCAAGCCAGGACGACGGUUACGGAAUUGUUAACAACCUUUUCAGGCUGACCGAGAAAAAGUUGGAAAAAGACAUCAAUCGUGUGUUGACCGACAAAAAGUUUACAGACAACGCCAAAAGAGUGUCGGCUAUAUUUCUCGAUCGGCCAUUAUCCGCCGUCGAUACUGCAGUUUAUUGGGUGGAAUACGUGAUCAGACACAAGGGAGCACAUCACUUGAAAACAGCAGCAGUACACUUGACUUGGUACCAAUACUAUUUGAUCGACGUUUUUGCUUUUAUUGGUUUUGUGGUGAUUUUCUUUACCUAUUUUAUUUACAUUGCCAUCAAGAGUAUCCGGACGUCACUGUUAUGGUUAACCAAGAGCGAAAAACUAAAAAAUACCUAAAAGGUAACACUUCAAUAUGUACGCUUUUUUAUAUAAGCUACGUAGGUGUCGAUGAAAUUGUAAGGGUCGUUAAAAGUUAUUUGUCGUAAAGGAUUUAUCACAAUAUGUGUUGUAUUUUAUUAUUAUAAUUUGUACCCACUUAAAACCAACAUAGUGUAGUAAUGUAAGUAAUAUGUUUAUAAACGCAGCUAUAAGCAUAAUAAAUGAAAUAAAAAUCAAAUCGUACUCGUAUUUAAAAAUAUACAUUUAAAAUAGGUUAU